AUGCUACUCCCCUUCGUGCUUGCUUCCCCCUCCCUGCUUCAUGCUACUCCCCUCCGUGCUUGCUUCCCCCUCCCUGCUUCAUGCUACUCCCCUCCGUGCUUGCUUCCCCCUCCCUGCUUCAUGCUACUCCCCUCCGUGCUUGCUUCCCCCUCCCUGCUUCAUGCUACUCCCCUCCGUGCUUUCUUCCCCCUUCCUGCUUCAUGCUACUCCCCUCCGUGCUUGCUUCCCCCUCCCUGCUUCAUGCUACUCCCCUCCGUGCUUGCUUCCCCCUCCCUGCUUCAUGCUACUCCCCUCCGUGCUUGCUUCCCCCUCCCUGCUUCAUGCUACUCCCCUCCGUGCUUGCUUCCCCCUCCCUGCUUCAUGCUACUCCCCUCCGUGCUUGCUUCCCCCUCCCUGCUUCAUGCUACUCCCCUCCGUGCUUGCUUCCCCCUCCCUGCUUCAUGCUACUCCCCUCCGUGCUUGCUUCCCCCUCCUUGCUUCAUGCUACUCCCCUCCGUGCUUGCUUCCCCCUCCCUGCUUCAUGCUACUCCCCUCCGUGCUUGCUUCCCCCUCCCUGCUUCAUGCUACUCCCCUCCGUGCUUGCUUCCCCCUCCCUGCUUCAUGCUACUCCCCUCCGUGCUUGCUUCCCCCUCCCUGCUUCAUGCUACUCCCCUCCGUGCUUGCUUCCCCCUCCCUGCUUCAUGCUACUCCCCUCCGUGCUUGCUUCCCCCUUCCUGCUUCAUGCUACUCCCCUCCGUGCUUGCUUCCCCCUCCCUGCUUCAUGCUACUCCCCUCCGUGCUUGCUUCCCCCUCCCUGCUUCAUGCUACUCCCCUCCGUGCUUGCUUCCCCCUCCCUGCUUCAUGCUACUCCCCUCCGUGCUUGCUUCCCCCUCCCUGCUUCAUGCUACUCCCCUCCGUGCUUGCUUCCCCCUCCCUGCUUCAUGCUACUCCCCUCCGUGCUUGCUUCCCCCUCCCUGCUUCAUGCUACUCCCCUCCGUGCUUGCUUCCCCCUCCUUGCUUCAUGCUACUCCCCUCCGUGCUUGCUUCCCCCUCCCUGCUUCAUGCUACUCCCCUCCGUGCUUGCUUCCCCCUCCCUGCUUCAUGCUACUCCCCUCCUUUCUCAUGCUCUCUCCCCCUGCUCUGUUUCCACUGCUCGGUUCUCAUGCUAUCCCCCCCUGCUAUGUUUCCCUGCACGGUUCUCAUGCUCUCCCCCCCUGCUAUGUUUCCCUGCACGGUUCUCAUGCUCUCCCCCCCUGCUCUGCUUCACUGCUCAAUUCUCUUUCUCUCUCCCCGUGCUCUGCUUCCCUGCUUGUUUCUCAUGCUCUCUCGCCUUCUCUGUUUCCCUGCUCGGUUCUCAUGCUCUCUCCCCCUGCUCUGUUUCCAUGCUCGGUUCUCAUGCUCUCUCCCACUGCUCUGUUCCCAAUGGUCAUUUCCCCUUCUUUGUGUUCUGCUCUGUCACCCUGCUAUGUUCCAUGA